GACGACCGUGAUCUCGUGCCGGAGUUCGUGCAGAAUGGUGGUCUCGACUGUAUGGUAAGGCUAGGUCGACUAGCAGACCAGAACCAUCAGAAUUACAUAUUGCGAGGUACUGCGAUGUCCCAUUGCUUACCUUAUAUGAUGGACUUGCAAUUUGCUGCUUACUUUGCUGAUUGCAGCUCUCGGUCAAGUGAUGCUCUAUGUGGACGGCAUGAACGGCAUCAUUGCCCACAACACCACCAUCCAAUGGUUGUACGAACUGCUCGACUCUCCGUCGCUCUAGCUAUCAUCUGUUUCCCAGGUUUAUGUUUGAUUCUUCUUUUUGAUGAAUUUGAGCAUGCUUGUUCUAUGUAUUGUUUAUGUAAUUUUCGUUUGGUCGUAAAGACGGCAUUGAAGUUGUUGCUAGUCUUCAUCGAGUACAACGACAACAAUGCUCUGUAUGUGCUGGCGGCUAUUUCAGCAGUUGAUCGAGCCAAAGGUUUGGUGAUGUUUCAUUGUCAACAAGAUUGGAGUGGUUUGAUGAAGGUCGUCUCCGAAAAGGAUUCACCAGAUCCCGAAACUCUCGUCUACGGCAUGACUGUCAUCAACAAAACGCUUCGCGGCAUUCCAGACAGUGACACGUUCUAUGACGCAGUGGACACGUUGGAAAUGCUGGGUAUGGAGGAGGCGAUGAAGAGCAUGGCAAAACUGGCGAACAACGAGCUGCUCGAGCAGUGUCGCUUGUACGAGCGCGAAUUGACAAAGGAGGACGAGCGGGCCGACGCCAGCGACGACGACGCCAACGCCCGGAUGAGGUGGGCGAUCGCUCACAUGCUUCGCUUCCCUACGACCGAAGGUGCUGCACCGGCGUCUGCUGCACGACGUCGUAUGAGCAUGACGAAAACAACUGGUGCGUCUUCAAGAUCUCUUCUUACGCCACUCAUACCAGUUCAGUCUCAUCAUUCGGCCACCUCAUCACCAUCGACCACGUCUGCUCCUCUUAAUUCAUCCGAACAACUGUCACCCGAAACUUCGUUCUACAAACCAGCAAACGGAUGGUCUUACAGUGCCAUACCUCUGAGAGCAACAAGAAACGGUGUUCCAUAUGAGACGGAUGAGCCGAGAAAAGAGGAUGACAGGAUUGAAGAAUCAUCGAGACAAACGAGGAGACCGGAAGAGCCACCAUUCUCGGACUCGCUUUCAUCAUCCUUGGGAAGUGCAUGUGCUCAAAGCAUCGCGAAAUCGGUCAACGUCAGUAGUUCAAACUGCAUGGAUAGAGAUUUCAGAGCGCCUCCUCAACAGACUGUACAGGAGUCGGACCGUCGAACAACGAUGCGACGACGACAUCAGGAAGCUCGUCAGCGGCAAGAUGAGCACAUCGCUUUCGCUCAGAGAAGAAACGUGUUUGCUAAAGAGAAUGAACCACCUCCUGAGCCGAAGUCCUCAUUACCGUGGAGGAACGAGGUCAUCGAACACAACAACAUUUCUGCGGUGAAAAACGAUAGGGCGAAAAGGGUUCCGGAGCCGAUUAUGAUAAUGGACGAGCAGAAGAAGCCACCGGAACCGGUUCGAACCGAUAGACAGGAGGUUGUCGAACCUAUCAAUGACACUGGAGAAGAACGCCAUGUGAAAGCCCCACCUCCUUCAUUUCCCACAAUUUUUUCACCCACCGAGACGAAGAUAAUGGAGUUUCCUGAUCCCGUCAAGGAGCCAGAACCGGAAAAAAUCGCUCAACCUCCAAAAGCAAAGAUUGAACGUGACGAUACUGGUGGUGGGUUUGCUGCAUUACUGCAAAAAAGAGCGGCUAAAUCUGCCGAGGCGAAUCGCAAUGCUUUCUCCCAGAAGGAGAGCGAGGCAGAUAUUCAGUGGAAGAAGGCUGCGGAAAAUCUCAAAUCGCGUCCACUAAUUAUCAACGACCUCGACUUCAGCGAAUUUCAUGCCGAGGAAUUCGAGCAAGAUCCUCUCGUAAUGGCAAGACUCGCCCAAAUGGCACAAGACAAGGGAAUGUUGCCUAGUAGCACCAGAGUGGGAGUAAACGGUGGAGGUCCACCUCCACCACCACCACCGGGAUCAAUUCCUCUGCCACCGCGAUUACAAGGUCAAGCGGCUGGCGAAACACCACCACCUCCUCCUCCACUAUUAGGCGGAGCUCCACCUCCACCUCCUCCGAGUUUCAAAAGGGAGACAAGUCCAGGUGAUUCUUCUCUACUUUUUAUUUUGAAGAGAGGUCCAUCUACCGGGAAGGGUGUGCUGAAACUGCAUUGGAAACCAACCUCUGCUGAGCCACCGCCAGUGCCGUCGCUGAAGAAGAAGGGCUCGUUCUGGAAUAAACUCGACCAGCCUCAGAUCGACGCCAACAAGCUGGUGCAGUUGUUCGAAACAAAGCACAACAAGGAAGUUGUCGUCAAGAAACCCACUGAUUCAAAACCGGCUGUUUUGUUAGUGUUAUCGAUGAAACGCUCUCAAGCGAUCAACAUAGGUUUGACCAAGUUGCCUCCUAUCAAUGUAAUACCGACGGCUAUUAUGAAGUUUGACUCAAUGGUUCUGAAUAAGGAUGGGAUAGAAAAGAUUUUGAAAACGAUGAUGCCGACGGCGAAGGAGGUGGAAGAAAUCCAGGAGAAGCAAUCGGAGAAUCCGGAAAUGACUUUGGGUAAUGCCGAACAGUUCUUACUGAUGUUGUCAAAAAUCCCCUGUCUUUUGGAACGACUCAAGCUUUGGAUUUUCACACUUGAUUACAAGACAAUGGAGAAGGAUAUCGCGGAACCAUUGAUGGACCUUCAGUUAGCUAUGAAAGAGAUGGAAGAAUCGAAGACAUUCCGUAAAGCGAUGAGCAUCUUCCUUGCCAUAGGCAAUACACUCAGCGGAACUGAGAUCAAAGGUUUUCAACUGGAUUAUCUCGCUAAAGCGUCUGAGGUCAAGGAUCCGGUUUAUAAGCACACAUUGACAUACCAUUUAGCGGAGUACAUGCUUGAGCACUAUCCAGAAGGCUCAGAUCUCUACACCGAGUUCGGAGCCGUCGCCAGAAGCGCAAGGGUCGAUUACAAGGAGUUGUUUGAUAAUUUAAAACGACUCGAAAAGGAAUGCAAGGCGAGCUGGGACUACUUGGCAAAGAUCGCAAAAAACGACAACUCUUCGAUGCGACAGAAAAUCAACGACUACCUUACCGAUGUGGCACAGCGCAUACAUCAGUUGAAUACCAUAUACAAUGUCACCAGGAACAGAUGGCACGGCUUUCUGCUGUACUUUGGUUAUUCAGUCAACGAAAUACCCGAUCAGAAUCCUAACGAAGUUUUCAAAAUGGUAACGGAAUUCGCACUUGAGUACCGUACUACUCGAGAAAAAAUUCUUCAACAACGUAAACGAAUGGCCGAAAAACGCGAAAGGAAUAAGACGAGGGGUAAGAUCUGGGCACUCGAAGGAGCUACAGAUAGUGCUGAUCCCAAUCAUCGGCGAAGGCCAUCACAAAACGGACCAAAUUCUUUGCAGCGGCAUGAGGAGAUGUCCCGCAUGUUGAGCAGUCUAGCCGAUGGAGGUGACGGGACGCUGAAGCGACGAGUAAGGCAGCCUGGCGAUGCCACCAAUCCCAACAAAGGCAAGUUAACGAACAAUUCAUGA